AAAGAACAUUUUAUAAAAAGACUAAAUUUUAAAUUAACGAAAACAUAUUUACUAAUACAAUUGUAUUCUAGUGCAUGGAUUAUGGAAUAAGAAAAUUAUUAACAUAUAAAAUAAGAUUUAAUGGUUUUCUUCUGUCAGAAAUUAUCAAGUUUUAACAAUAUUUUUUUUGACAUUAAACAUUUAUUAAAUUUUAAUCUCUCAUCUGAGUAGUUGUUACCACUGUACUGACACAACUACGGUGUGGAAUCGCACUAGAAAAGAUUUCGUAAGGCCACGUAGGAUCAAAGAUUUAUACAAUACUACGUGUCAAGGGGGGCCCACUCGUAGCAGAAGAUCGUUUAUAACAAAUACUUGACCACCACGUGUCAGUAUCCUUUGACCCACGAGGUCGGUGAUACAAAUUGGUUAUUUCCGGUUGAACUAUUAAUCAAAUUGAAAUCAAAAGAUCAUUUUAAAGUUUGAAAAAAAAAAGGUGCGAACUUGGAGUUUCUUGGUUUUGGGAAUUGGGAUUGGUGCGAGUCGGAGUCGGAGUCGGAGUCUACUUGAUCGAUUUUGAAAGUUUGUUCCUUUAGUUCAGUUCCGAUGGGGGAAAACCAUUAUUACCAUGCGGAUAAGAAGAAGGCCAGGUUAGAAGAAGCUGAGCAAGACGACAUGCUGCACUACAAUCAGUAUCAGGACCCCACGGGGGGACAAGAUCUGCAGUUGCAAGCUUGGACGAGGCAACAGAACCAGUUUCUUCAAUCUAUGACUCUUCCACAACAGCAGUACAUCCAGCACCAGGACCCCACCGUAAGGAAUCCGCAGUUGCAAGCUUUGUUUCUCCGGCACAGGCUGAGGCAGCAACAGCAACAGCAGCAGCAGCAGCUGAGACGGCUACUACUACUGCAACAACAGAUCCCUCCUAAUGUAUGUCCUUUUGGAGGUGGUAUGUGCGCUCAUCGGAAAUUUAUGAUGUUCUUGCAUCACAUAAAGCAACGACCUGAGGAUAAUUGCAUUACCUUUUGGAGGGAAUUCGUGGCUGAAUACUUCUCACCUCGUGCAAAGCAAAGGUUGUGCUUUUCACAGUACAAUGGUGCUGGGCACAUGCUUGGCACCUUACCCCAGGGUAUGUGGCAGUGUAAUCUCUGCGGCACCAAGUCUGGAAAAGGAUUUGAGGCAACUUUCGAUGUGCUUGCCAGACUAUUUGAAAUCAAAUUUGCUAGUGGCUUCGUUAACGAGCUCUUAUCCCUGGAAGAUCCACGAGAAUGCAGAGUUCCCAGUGGAGUGAUUGUAUUAGAAUAUAGAAAACUAGUUCAGACAAUUGAAUAUGAGGAGUGUCGUGUUGUUCAUGAGGGCCCUUUUCGGAUCAUAUUCUCUCAAGAUUUAAAGAUCCUGCGUUGGGAGUUUUGUGCUCGGCGUCAUGAAGAGUUUCUUCCCCGCAGACUUAUUGCUCCCAAGGUGAACCAGUUGCUUCAGGUUGCACAGAAAUGCACGAUUUCGGAAAGUGGGUCAGAGGGAGUUGCUCAGCAGGAUUUACAAACAAACAGUAACAUGGUCUUGGGAGCUGGACGGCAGCUGGCAAAGUUCAUGGAGUUGCAGCCUCUGAAUGAUCUUGGUUAUCCGAAAAGAUAUUUCAGAGCUCUACAGACAUAUGAAGUUGUCAAGAGCAUGAAGGCUCUGAUGGAUUUCACAGAGAACCACAACAUUGGCCCUAUCGAGGGGUGGAAGCGGCUUUCGGAACAGACAGAGACAAUGAGGCUCCAGAGACAGAGAAUGCAAGAGAUGGAGCACUUAUGGAAUAGUGGAGCUAUGAAUAGGUCAGCUCAAGCUCAGAUGGACGGCCUAACUGGCAACAACAAUCACCAUCAUAGCUCAGCUCAAGCCGCUGCUGCUCUGACCAACAACCAAAGCAUGCUUAUGAGGCUAAAUGCUAUGAAUAACCCAUACUCAGAUACGGGCGCCCAAGAGGGAUUCUCGUCGAGUCAGCAUCCAACCCCAAACUUAAACCAGAGUCCAUAUUGGUCUCAUCAGAGGCAGAACUUAGCAACAGGUGGAUUUCUCAGCUCUCCCCAGAUGCAACAGCAGCAGCAGCGCACCAUGCAUGGCACUCUCAACACGUUUCAGCAGACACAUUUUCCAGAAGAUGCCACAGAAAUACCUGUCGAUUUCUCAGACGACAACUUCAACGACAGUGAUAAGUAGGGUAGCUUGUAGAACAGAACAGAGGCGUUGCUACUUUGACUUCUAACAAAGUGAAAGGGGGUUUUAGGCUUAAUUCUUCUCAUUUAGGUUUGGUUUGUUGGUCUUUGUAUAGAAAACCAAAAGGGUUAUGAGACCAGUGAAGGAAGUUGUAACCUACAUAUAGGCAUUUUAGUAUCUUCAUUCUUUCCCCUUCUAGUGACAGUCAUGUAACCUCAAACUACACCAGUGUGUAUGUAUAUUCAUCAGUCAAAAGGGUUUUUAAGCUUC